AGACGUGACCAGCAGCCUUCUCCCCCCGCUGACGCCAAGGAUCACGCGUCCCGUGACCCUCCCCCGCCCCCCGCUGCCCCCUGAACUGCCGGCCACCAUGGCUACUGCCAAGACACCGGCGGGGCCCGGGGAGGAGGAGACCACCAUUCUCAUGGCCAAAGAAGAGCUGGAGGCCCUGCGCACGGCCUUCGAGUCGGGCGACAUCCCCCAGGCGGCCUCGCGCCUCCGGGAGCUGCUGGCCUCCUCGGAGAGCAUCCGCCUGGAGGUGGGCGUCACGGGCGAGUCGGGGGCCGGCAAGUCGUCCCUCAUCAACGCCCUGCGCGGCCUGGGGGCCGAGGACCCCGGCGCGGCCCUCACGGGCGUGGUGGAGACCACGAUGAACCCCUCGCCCUACCCGCACCCACAGUUCCCCGACGUGACCCUGUGGGACCUGCCGGGGGCCGGCAGCCCGGGCUGCCCGGCCGACAAGUACCUGAAGCAGGUGGACUUCGGCCGCUACGACUUCUUCCUGCUGGUCUCGCCCCGCCGCUGCGGCGCCGUCGAGGCCCGGCUGGCCUCGGAGAUCCUGCGCCAGGGCAAGAAGUUCUACUUCGUGCGCACCAAGGUGGACGAGGACCUGGCAGCCACGCGCAGCCAGCGGCCCUCGGGCUUCAGCGAGGCGGCCGUGCUGCGGGAGAUCCGCGAGCACUGCACCGACCGGCUGCGGGCCGCGGGCACAGCCGACCCGCGCAUCUUCCUGGUGUCCAACCUGUCGCCCACCCGCUACGACUUCCCGCUGCUCGUGUCCUCCUGGGAGCACGACCUGCCCGCCCACCGGCGCCACGCGGGGCUGCUGUCACUGCCCGACAUCUCGCUGGAGGCCCUGCAGAGGAAGAAGGACAUGCUGCAGGAGCAGGUGCUCAAGACGGCCCUGGUGUCCGGGGUCAUCCAGGCCCUGCCCGUGCCGGGGCUGGCGGCUGCCUACGACGACGCCCUGCUGGUCCACUCGCUGCGCGGCUACCACCGCAGCUUCGGCCUGGACGACGACUCGCUGGCCAAGCUGGCCGAGCAGGUGGGCAAGCAGGCCGGUGACCUGCGCUCGGUCAUCCGCUCGCCGCUGGCCAGCGAGGUCUCGCCGGAGACCAUCCUGCGGCUCUAUUCACAGUCGUCCGACGGCGCCAUGCGGGUGGCACGGGCCUUCGAGAAGGGCAUCCCGGUGUUCGGCACCCUGGUGGCCGGGGGCAUCAGCUUCGGCACGGUCUACACCAUGCUCCAGGGCUGCCUCAACGAGCUGGCCGAGGACGCCCAGCGGGUCCGCAUCAAGGCCCUGGAGGAGGACGAGCCCCAGGCCAAGCUCAGCCUGGAGGCGGCCGGGGACGGCGGGGUGGAGAAGCGGGGGGCCGGGGAGGGGGGCGGCGAGGAAGCCCCGCUCUCGGCCCGCCAGAAGCUCGGCCUCCUGCUCAAGUACAUUCUCGACAGUUGGAAGAAGCGCGACUUGUCAGAGGAGAAAUAA